UUGUUGUUUCAGUACCGAGUUUUACUUUACAGUUCUACAGGAUUUGACAAUCCAUUAGGCAAUAUUCGUAUUGAAGAUUUAAUCUACCAAAGAGAUUGUAGUUACCUAAUUAGAACAUUAAAUUCUCAAAGACACUGCAGACCUGAUCCAGGAUUUGCUGAUUUUGUAACCUGUACCGUAUCAUGUUUCAAAGGUUAUACUUUUGAUGACCAAUCUACGAUUAAAGAUUUCUUUUGCGUUUACAACGGAAGUGAAUGGGUGGUCCAAACUGAAAUAAUUCCGACGAGAUGCAUACCAAUUCCGUGCAAUACGCAUAAUCCUGUAAACGGCAAAACAGUCUGUGACUCUAAUAUUGAAACGAGAAGUAGAAAUAAAUUAGUAUCUUGUGAAAUGCGGUGUAAUACAGGUUAUUAUUUUCCUGAUUAUAAACAGAAGAAAAAAUUUCAAUGCAGUUAUGAUGAGAUUACAGAAGAAUGGACAUUGAGUGAUCAAAUUCCCCAAAAAUGCAUAAUAUCGAAAAAGAUAGAAUGUGAUAUUGUAAAAGGAAAACACCAAGAGAUAAUCUGUGAUCAUGAAACGUACAAAGAGUGCAAUGCUACUUGUAAUCUCGGAUACCUGUUCAAAGAUGGCACAAGAACGGCUACGAGAAUAUGCACAGAAACAGGAGAGACGAACUAUUUUCCUGACUGUGAAAACGUAUGUAAAACAAAAAAAGAAGGAAAAAAGCAAUCAAUGAAAUGUGAAAUUCACGAGCAUUUCACUUUCUGUCGAGCUACUUGUAAUGAAGGAUACCAAUUGGAAAGUGGUGCAACAGUAUCAGAUAAAAUAUGCUCACGAAUCAAUCCAAAAGUUGUAUUUGGCGAUUGUGUUCCUUCAGAUUAAAUGAAAAUAAAUACAAUAAUUUAAAAUAAAGAGUAAACUUGAAGAAUGAAGCACGCUUUUGCAAGUCAUUUAAUACUGUACUAAUUGUAAUCAUUAUU